UGAUAAAUAAUUUCGUCAAAAGGAAUAAUUGUUGUUUGAAUUCAGAGAUCGGCGGCGAGUAAAGAGAAAUGGAGAAAGAGGGAAAAAGCGACGCCGAUAACCGGAGUACAAUCACAGUGAAUGUUAAGUUCAGUGGUCGAUCGAUACCGGUGGAAAUCUCCGACGAGUGCACUGUCAAACACCUCAAGUCUCUCCUUCAACCACUCACAAAUGUCCUCUCUCGCGGCCAAAAACUCAUCUUCAAAGGGAAAGUUUUGGUGGAUGAAAUAACAUUGAAGUCAUCGGAGGUUGGAAAUGGUGCGAAGAUCAUGCUUAUGGCUUCCCAGGGCUUACAUCAAGGGGAUGGACCAAUAAGAAAGGAAGCUUCCAACUUGCCCACAGCGAGGAGGAUGCCUGAAGCUAUGAGACCUAAAAGGGAUGUUCCUCAAGUUCCUGUUGUGAAGAGCCAACUUGAACGGUGGAAGGCCACUGGGGUUGUUGCAUUAUCAGAAUGCAAUCUGAAGGUCUUGCCUGAUGAAGUGUUGACCUGUGGACCUUCCGCUAGAGUCCUGGAUCUCAGCCACAACGCCAUACAGCAUCUUCCAGCCGCAAUUAAUAGCUUGAGUUCUCUUCAGAAAUUGAUCCUCAAUGGGAAUGAAAUUAUGGAUAAUUCCUUAAGCUGGGAAGAGCUAGCUUCUAUAAAGAGUCUUAUGGUUAUCUCACUGAACCAAAACCACAUAGCAACACUGCCUCCUGAGGUCGGCACUUUGACCGGUCUGAGACAACUUCAUAUUGCACAUAACGAGUUAACAGGUCUCCCAUCUGAGAUAGGUCUGCUGACCAGCCUUGAGGUUCUGAAAGUUAACAACAACAGGAUACGCUCUAUUCCGGAAAGUAUAGGGGGUUGUGUUUCUCUUAUUGAGGUUGAUCUUUCAUCUAAUCUUUUGGUAGAGCUGCCAGAAACAAUUAGCAAACUAAAGGACUUAAAGGCACUUUAUCUUAGGAACAACGGGCUCAAAUCCCUUCCUAGCAGCAUUUUUACACAGUGCUGUCAACUCUCUACACUAGAUCUCCAUGGAACUGAAAUAACUAUAGAUGUUAUCUGCCAGAUUGAAGGAUGGGAGAAUUUUGAUGAGAGAAGACGCUCGAAGCAUCAGAAACAACUGGACUUCAGAGUGAGCAGCUCUGGCAAAUUUGACGAAGGAGCUGAUCAAAGCUGAUAAGGCCUGAUACAAAUUGCUCGGUAACUCGGUUUUAUAUACACCCUGACAUACAUUUGCAUAGUGAUCCCUAGCAAACUUUACAGAAGAAUCUUGUAGUACCUGUUAAGAUACAUCAAGAAAUUAUAAUGAGCAUACUUGCUCCUCUGUGCACUCCCUAAAGAUGAUUAAAUUUUCUGAAGGCUUACUAUAAAGCUUUCUGCAUCUUCUCAAACUGUUACAUAUAUAGUUGAAUGAAAAUUCCCUUUUAAGGAUACAUAUUACAAAUUGCUGAACCCCUAAAGAAUUGAAUUAUUUGACUUGCCAGUUGAAAGUUACA